AGUUUAAAAUCGAUAUGAUUAUUUACGAAACCCCGCAGUGCAUUCCUUCAUUUACUAAUGUUUCAGUCCACACUGUCCGGCAUAUCCCGGCGGCAGCGCCGCCCAUUUUCCUCCGCCGUCUCCGCCGCCAUCGCCGCCAACAGCGUUCCUGCCUCGCCGCUCCCUCCCUCAUCCUUCACCAUCCGGCCCCCAGUCCACCCUUGGCCUCGCCGCCUCACUCCUCUCAACCUCGCCUCCCUCAUCUCCCGCCAGCACGACCCCGACCUCUCUCUCCAAAUCUUCUACCACGCCCAAUCCCUCCACCCCUCCCUCUCUCACACGCCGCAACCCCUCCACGCGCUUUUCCUUAAACUCUCACGCUCCCGUCGCUUCUCCAUCCUCGAGUCCCUCCUCACGCGCCUCCCCAAUCCGCUGCCAGAACCCUCACUUGUCAUCCUCAUCCGCGCGUACGGCCUCGCCGGAAAACCUCUAUCUGCCGUCCGCCUCUUCCUCAAACUCCAACCCCUCCGCGUCCGAACCUCCGUCAAAUCCCUCAACGCGCUCCUGAACGCACUGGUUCAGAACAAACGGUACAGUUUAGCGCAUUCAGUGUUUAAAAGCUCUGCAGAAAAAUUUGGGGUUGUGCCUGACGUUGUUAGCUGCAACAUUUUGCUCAAGGCUCUGUGUAAGAGCAAUGAAGUUGAUGUUGCGGUUAGGGUUUUGGAUGAGAUGGGUUUGAUGGGUUUGGUUCCCAAUGUGGUUAGUUAUACAACUGUGUUGGGUGGGUAUGUGUUUAGGGGUGAUAUGGAGAGUGCUACGAAGGUUUUUGGGGAGAUUUUGGAUAGAGGGUGGGUGCCUGAUGCAACCACUUACACUGUUUUGAUGAGUGGAUUUUGUAGGAUGGGAAUGUUUGUGGAGGCGAUUAGGGUUAUGGAUUUGAUGGAGGAGAAUAGGGUUCAAGCUAAUGAGGUUACUUAUGGUGUCAUGAUUGAGGCUUAUUGUAAGGGGAGGAAAUCUGGGGAGGCUUUGAACUUGCUUGAGGAUAUGAUGGCGAAGGGGUUUGUGCCAAAUUCAGUGUUGUGUUGUAGAGUUGUUGAUUUGUUGUGUGAGGAGGGGAGUGUGGAGAGGGCUUGGGAGAUGUGUAGUGGGAUGGUGAGGAAAGGGAUUCAGGUUGGUGGCGCGGUGGUGAGUACGAUUGUGCAUUGGCUUUGCAAGGAGGGGAAGGUGGUGGAGGCAAGGGAAGUGUUGGAGGAACUGGAGAAGGGGGAGGUUGUGAGUUUGUUGACUUAUAACACACUGAUUGUGGGAAUGUGUGAGAGAGGGGAGCUUUGUGAGGCAGCGAGGCUGUGGGAUGACAUGGUGGAAAAGGGUAGAGCUCCAAAUGCAUUUACUUACAAUGUGUUGAUUAAAGGGUUUUGUAAGGUUGGGAAUGUGAAGGAGGGUAUCAGAGUGCUGGAGGAGAUGGUGGAGAGUGGAUGCUUGCCUAACAAAUCAACAUACUCCAUAUUGGUUGAUGGGAUUUCUGUUUCAGGAGGAAAGAAAGAGGAAAUCGAGAAGGUAGUUUUGUUGGCCAUGACGUCUGGAGUUGAUGGUGACUUGUGGGAACUUUUCUUAAAAGUUGUGGUCAAUUUAGAUGGCAAUGCAGCUAAACUGGAUAGGAUAUUGACAGAGAAUGCAGUGUGAUAAAAGAAACUCUGGGAUGUGCUGUCGUGUCUGACCUUUGAAAGUUGAUCACCAAAAGGGGAUUGAAUUUCUAGCAAAGGGAAUCAAUGCAUGUUUUGUAUGUUGCAUUACAUGUUUCCCACUCCCUUUGCGGCGGGCCUGGAGAGUGAAACAAGCUGGGAAACUGAGCCCGAGCUGUCAAAUAACUAUCGGAGUCCCAUUUGGGAGAUGGGGAAUGUGUGUAGCUCAUCCAUACCUUCUUGCUGAUAAUCGGCAUUACCCUUUUUUUAUCUUUGUAGGAAAGUUAUAAUGGCUCACUGGACAAUUAAAUACCUUCUGGUCCCAGUUUAUAUAUGUUCAUGGCUUUCCAUCAUCCAUAUGUUGGGUUAAUGUACACAGACAUACUAUGAAAUCAUGUUUUAUUGAACUGCUUGUGGGAUUAUAACUACUAUCCUUUAUCAAACAGGAAAAACUAGAAGUAAAAUAUGGGUUUUGGCAUACUUCUUGGCCACUGCAGCUGUUCUUGUACCAGCUCCACUGAUAGAGUUCAGAUACUACACCAUACCAUUCUAUUUCCUGGUGCUUCACUGUGACAAUAGUGAUGAUCAAAGUUGGAUUCUCACAACUGUAUAUUGGGGUCAAUAUCUUUACAAUGGCCAUGUUUCUGUUUCGGCCUUUCCAUUGGGCCCAUGAGCCUGGAAUUCAAAGGUUUAUAUGGGGAUUCAAUUCAUUGAAAAAAAAAAAAUAUUUGUAACAGCGAAACUACCUUUUUCGUGAGGCUUUUACCACCAGUUUUACAAGAGUGGAAUUUUAAAUCUUAGUUAUAUUUUUGAGGGAUUUAAAUCUCCUUAGUUGAUAUGAUAAUCCUUUUAACUA